AUGUGGUAUUUCUGCAAUAUUCUCUUUAAGGGGAGAAUAUUAUGGAGGAGAUUUAACGUUAAUUUUGAUCGAAUAAAAUUUUUUAAAAAUUUUUUUAGAAUAAAUAAACUAAUCAAAAUUGUAUUUAAAAAAAGUAUGGAACCCUUCAAUCGAGUUAGGCUUGAAGAGGAAGAAUAUGUUUUACUUAAGGCUAUUAUUUAUUCACAUAUGGUUACUAACGGAUUAAGUCAAAAUGGACAAAAAAUAUUGUUAGCUGAGGCAGAAAAAUAUUCUGGAAUUUUAUUGAAGGUUUUACAGAACAAUUACGGACCAAUACCAGGUGCCAGAAGAUACACAGAAUUACUCCAAUUAAUUGAAUUUUGCUUUAAUCACGCAAAAUAUCAUAGUCUUCUACUCAAUUACAUCGCUUUUGUUCAUGAUCGUGGUCAAUUUCAUAAUGUAAUGCCAAAAGCACUUGCCGAUCUCUGCCUGCGAGGAAAUGUUAAAUUACCCGAACUAGAACAACUUUGAGAAUUAUCAUUUUUAUAAACUUUUUAAAAAAUAUUUUCAUUUCAAAUAUUCCUAUUUUUAUACACUUUUUAAUUAAAUAUAACAAUCAGAUAU